AUGCAGGUAUCAUUCGACAACGCAGAAUAUAAACUGUAUCAGAUCUAUGCCAACGCAUAUGUUGGCAUUCUACCUGAUGAGUGGGAUGACUCCAUCCAUAUUAGGAACGAUACCAACUUGGCCCAUUACAAGCUUAUUCCAGGCCUUAUGAGCAAGAGAGUCGACGAACGUGAUUUGGCCGACGCUCUUUGCAAUACAUUCGCCUCAUGUGUCUCUGCAGCAGCAGACGUAGGCGUUCAGAUCAAAGAUGCCCUCCCUCCGUUGAUCGCUUCGCUGAAAACAGCAGCACAAGCACGUGGACAAAAGGUGUUUGAAUUCUUGCAACAACCUUUCUUCACCCAAGUCGCAAUCGAUACCGUUGCCGGGCUGAUUCCUGGGGCCGUCGGAGGUGUCGUUCAAGCUGUCGUAGGAGCGCAGGUGGCAGGCAACACAAACAAUGCCGCGGCUUGCUCUCAACAGAAUGACCAAAUCGACGCCCUUAUAUCGAUCGUCAGUUCUCAGAUAUCUGCCCUGUCGGCGGCGUCGGCGAAGAUCACUGCUCAAGAGAACGACGCCGGAGACGAGGUCUUCACUGUCACAGUGACCGUUACGGCGUGCGGCACGACUCUUGGAUCGGCAGCCUGCGGCGCCACUGGCGGGUUCUGUCCUUCAUAG